AUGUAUGAACGGCGGUGCGUGUCCCCGCAGGGACGCGUGAGGACGAAGACGGUGAAGAAGGCGGCGCGGGUGAUCAUCGAGAAGUACUACACCCGUCUGGGCAACGACUUCCACACCAACAAGCGCGUGUGCGAGGAGAUCGCCAUCAUCCCCAGCAAGAAGCUGCGCAACAAGAUCGCGGGGUAUGUCACCCACCUGAUGAAGCGCAUCCAGCGGGGCCCCGUCCGGGGCAUCUCCAUCAAGCUGCAGGAGGAGGAGAGGGAGCGCCGGGACAACUACGUGCCCGAGGUCUCUGCUCUCGAUCAGGAGAUCAUUGAAGUGGACCCGGACACCAAGGAAAUGCUGAAGCUCCUGGACUUCGGCAGCCUGUCCAACCUGCAGGUCACGCAGCCCACCGUGGGGAUGAACUUCAAAACGCCGCGAGGCGCUCUCUGAGCCACUCGUUAUGUUGCUUUUACAAUAAAUGUGGGAAACCAG